GUACUUUGCGCAAGCUUGACGCUCAACAGACUAGUGAACCAAUACGAAUCUGAUCCAAACAGCUAAAUAUGGCGCAGUUCACAUACAGCAAACUGUCUCAUUUACUGAGAAUAUCUAGUAAUAAGGGCUCUAUUUUACGAACAGGAAAAGAGAUGAAACACGGACAUGCGUGCUGUCUGCAGUUCAUACGCUGCCAGGUAUGUUUUCUGUAUUUGUUAGUUCACAGACCUUCAGUUUAGCUCACGAGCAGCUUUACGAUAACGUCAAGGUAAACAACAUGCGAAAAGUAAACCGGAAAUGUGUUGUAAUCCGGUAAAAUGCUUGAAUAAUCAGUGAAACAUGCCCAACGAAUUCAUUUAAAUACAAUGGAAAAAAAUAGCUAUGUCUUUUCCUUCUUGUAACUGUUUCGUUUUAAUUCGUGUCAUUCGCUCUUAUUAAGAAGUAGUUUAAAGGUGACAGCUUUAUUUUGAAAAGUCAACCGGAAGUGUAUGCUGUAAUCUCGUGUAUUUGACUCUUAUACCCAACUGCUUGUUGACUGCUAACUCAUUCACAAACUGUCAAAUAAAUGGACUAUCUGUGACUGUUCGUUUUUAUUUUUCCAUUAUGUUUAUUUCAAAACUUUGUGGGUAAUUCUGGAUAUUAUGAAAUUUUCCAAAAGUGGGCCGGAAAGUGAUAUUAUCUGCUGCAUUUACACUGUUUGUAAAGCGUUUAUUAACCGCAUAUUCUGUCAAAUAAGGUCUUUUGUGGUAUAUUUUCAAAUUAUUUGACAUAUUCUUUAAAGUACACCUAGUAGCUGCAGUGUUACUAUAGCAAAACCUUGUCUUUCUAAAACCUACAAUAAGUUACUUUCACAUAUUAGAUAAAGAAACAGCAAUAAUUUAGAUAGAUAAAUAGAUAGAUAGAUAGAUAGAUAGAUAGAUAGAUAGAUAGAUAGAUAGAUAGAUAGAUAGACUGUAUUGAUCCCAAACUGGGAAAUUCUCAUGUUACAACAGCAAUAAAAACACAACAUAAAAUUAAAGUUAUUUAAAUUAAAUAUAAGAAGUAUGUACAACGCAGACUAAAUAUACUAAAUAUAUACGAUAAAUACAGACUAAAUAUACUAAACAUUCAAGAGAAAAAAGUGACAUAUAGGUCAUUUAGGUUUACCUACUAGAUCCUAGCAAAGUCAGGUGAUAUUUUUUUAAUUUAGGGGUUUAAUCUGUUUUAUUCUUGUCCACAGCGUUCUGUGGACAGUAAGGCAUUACAGGAGAGGCAGAAGCAGCACAUGGCAAGAGGACUCCCGAAACAGAAGCCAAUCACAGGGGUCAAACAGGUCAUUGUUGUGGCUUCAGGGAAAGGCGGUGUAGGAAAGUCCACCACUGCAGGUACAGCCACAUGUUCCUGGUGAGAAUUAAAGACUGUUUGAUUUUCUUAUCCUCCCACAGCUUCAAAAUGAGUUCAGAUGAGUAUAAAGUGUGGUAACAUCGUUCAGUUUCACAUAAAUGAUAUGUAGAAAAACAGAAUGAGGUUUAAAAAAAUCUAUCAAAUGUAUCGGUGUACCAAAGUAUUUCUUUAUUGUUAAUAACUUUUAGGUGUUUACUGUCUGUUUUGGUCUCUCUGCAGUUAAUUUGGCUCUUGGAUUAAUGGCCAACAACCCAGUAAGGACUUGCAUUUACUUUUAGUUAUUUAUUUGCAUUGUUUGUCUUUUUCUUUUCUCCUUUCUAUGUUCUUAAAAAAGGCACUUAUACCAUUUCAGAACUUCAAAAAGUACAGAACUUUUUUUUCUCACAGCAGACUGUUAAGUAAUUACUGUGAAAUAGCUGAAGUUCAUUUUUAUCUGUGUAGAACUAUGUUCUCUGGAGGAUUGACAUUCAGCUAGUGUCUUGCUUAUGACUCAGAUCAUUUCAAACCGUUAUGGGGCAGAUAGAGAACCUCAUUUGCACUGGCUGUGAAGAAUCAGUGUGGUAAAGAUUACUGAGUCUGUGUCUCCUCUCUUUCCCUCAGUCUAAGUCAGUCGGCCUAUUGGACGCCGACGUCUAUGGUCCAUCCAUUCCCAAAUUGAUGAACCUUAAGGGAAAUCCAGAUCUAAGUGACAGUAUGACACAUUUUUAUCUUCCCCUCUGUUUUUCCCCUGACCAUCAUCUUGGGUUGUUUUGUAUUUAUUGACUGAAGUGUUUUUCUCCUCCUCGCAGACAAUCUGAUGAUCCCACUUACCAACUAUGGGAUUCCUUGGUGAGUCCUUCCAGUUAGAAUGUUGUUUUCACUCUCAAACUCUUCAUGUUGGGGAAAAUUGAAAUAAUAGCCUGUUGUGCUGUCUGUUCUGACCCUCUCCCAUUGUCUCUCAGCAUGUCGAUGGGUUUCCUUGUGGAGGACGUGGCUCCCAUUGUGUGGAGGGGGCUGAUGGUGAUGUCGGCUAUAGAGAAACUGCUCAGACAGGUGAGAUGAGUUUAGAAAGUGAAAGUCACAGUGUGAAAAUGCACUGCUGAGGUAGGGCAACAAGUCUGAUUUGAUAUAGGUGCAUGAAGGUUGUGUUUGAUUGUAGGUGGACUGGGGGUCGUUGGACUAUCUAGUAGUUGACAUGCCUCCGGGUACAGGAGAUGUCCAACUGUCGAUCUCACAGAACAUCCCAGUUGCAGGUUAGUCCCACAAACACACACACACACACACUCUCAUCAUUUUACAUAAACUGCAUCCAGUUCAGUCCACUAACUAGAUACAAUAAACUUGUGCUAUUUUGUUUUGUUAGGUGCGGUCAUUGUGUCGACACCACAGGACAUCGCCCUGCUAGAUGCUCGCAGAGGAGCUGAGAUGUUCAAGAAAGUUAAUGUGCCGGUAAUUCCUCUGUGCAUGGCAUUGAAAGUCCCAAAAAGACAUGAGACAUCAUCUGUAACACCUGCUGUUAUAUGUUAAAUGGGUCACACACCCAAACUAUUUUUUCUUAUCUGUGUGGGGUCCCAGGCACACAAAUUAUUUUUUGCCUUUUUUCUUGUUUCUUAUGGAGUUUUACAGAAAAUCGGUCUUUAUAGAUGCAAAUAGCACUCUGUUAGACGUUUAAAAUAGCUACUUUGUUCAAGACAGUUCAUGUACCUGAAUCUCUGUGCAUAUUUGUCAGUAAAUAAAAUUCCCACCAUGAUUUAAAAACCUGUUGGAGCCAAAACUAAAUAGAUCACAAAGUACUGUACUGUACUUUUUUGUGGGUCACAUACAAAUAUAGGUUGUUUUUUUCUACCUUUAAAGGGAUCUUAGCCCACACACUUAUAUCAGCUGGUUUUUCUCGUCCUUGGAGGUCACAUACAGACGUAGGUUUUUUUGAUUCUAUGAGGACACACACCUGUAUUAUAUCUUUGGGCUUACUUAUGUUUAAUGUGACUAAUCUUUAAUCUAUAGAUGCAUACAGUUAUAGAGUAACAGGAGGUUAAAAACAUCCUGGUUGGUGUUCCUGCAGGUUCUUGGUCUGGUGCAGAACAUGAGCGUCUUCCAGUGUCCUAACUGUAACCACGAGACUCACAUCUUCGGCUCUGAUGGGGCUCGGCAGCUCGCGGACACUCUGGGGGUCAAAUUCUUAGGUAAGUACCUUCAGCCACAGUCUGUGUAAAUUCUAGUCUUAUUUAGUUUAAACAUACUGGAAUAACUUUUCAUCUUUAUUCACAUUAAACAAUCAUUUUGACAAAUUUUCUCAUUCAUGUGAUUUAUCCCUUCUGUAUCUAUCCAGGUGACAUUCCUCUUCACCUAAACAUCAGAGAGAUGUCAGACAGAGGGACUCCAGUGGUUGUCUCGUCCCCAGAUAGCCCAGAGGUCUCUAACAUGUCCACUACUAUAUGUUAUCAUUCUACAACACUUUUUGUAUUUUUGUUUUUUCUGUUGUAUUAUAUUUUGUAUUUUAAGUGCUAUGUGUGUGUUUGCAUUCACUCUCUAGGCCGAGGCAUACAAGAAGGUUGCAUCUGUUGUCGUCCAGAGACUCGAGGAAGUCAACGCCUAAUGAACAGCUUCUCAGAAAGUCAGCCAACAGACUGGGAUGAAGCAAAAAAGACACAACGGCAUCAGAUUUAUGCAAAGGAAGACAAAGAUAUUCAUAGAACACAUAAAAAACAGAAACGCACAAACUUCUUCUCUGUCGUAACGCACAAAGAGUCAAACCCACAGCACUGAUCGCAGCAGCGCAGUAAUGUACUUUGUGUAACUACAGUAUAACUGAAUAAAUGUGAAUGGUUUAGUUAUGUUAUAUUUAAUAAAACAGUGUGCCAAAGCCUGUUAGCUCAUGAUUUCAUGACUUUUUAAUUUUUUUGUAUCACAAUUUGCUCAAUGUGCAGUUCUAAAUGACACUGGGGAGGUACCUGUUUUCUAUAUUUAGUAUGAAUUACACAAGGUUCAAUUUGUUAAAAUGCCAAUACAUCAACAAAACAUCAGACUCAACAGAACUAUUUAAGUUGCUGAACUGUAGUAGGACAACAACCUUGUAUCAACACGACAGAUUGAAUUAAGUAUUUAAAUCAAUGAAUAAGGACCAAUGGAGGCAAUAACAAUAAGAAACACAGAAAUUACUGUCAGACCAUGCUCUAUGACAACUGAUAUAACUUGGAAACAACUAGUGCAAGUUCCUUAGGAAAUAAUGGGACUUUUUUCCCCAUUCUUGCUUGAUAUACGAUCUCAGUUGCUUCCCAAAAAGCAAUAUCUGAUUUAAUAAAAAUCAGAUAUGUGUCACAUAUGGUUAAAAAAUCAGAAUUGACCUGCAGUGUGAACAAAGCUUUAGAGGUACAUUCGUUAUAAGGUUUAAACAUGUGGCCGUACGAUAUCCAUUUUUAUUGUUUUCCAAAUUCCAUUUUAAUUUUUUAGAAUUCCGUUUUUUACCUUUUACACUUACUAAUACCAUAGGGCGUGUGCUUUUAGUGUCAGUAAAUAAAAUGUCAAUUAAUAAAAUGCAAAUAUUACUAAAUUUUAAACUGUAAUCCAUAGGGAUGGGCAUUGUGUUUUUUUUUUCCUUUCUUUGGUUUGGCUUUGGUUUCUUUCUGUCUUUUUUUUUGCAUCAGUAACUUCUGUUGUGGUUCCUUUCAUUUGCAUUAUUUUUUAUUUGCAGCAGUGGCAGUUCUCGGCCACCGUACCAGUGUGACUUUAGUUUAAAAGAAACAUUUCAGAUGAAGCAGAAAUAAAAGUUUUUUAAAUACACCAAUCUGAGAUAUGACAAAGAUUUUUGUAUAUGUUGUGAAGUUACUAAUAAAGCUAUUAACUAGGCAAUGUAAAGCCUGAAAAUGAA